AAACCAAGAGAGUUUGCAAGUGUGUUUGUGUAAUAAUAUACAAUGUCUCCUGCUGCUUCCUCAAGGUGGUGUCCAACACCAGAGCAGCUGAUGAUCUUGGAAGAGUUAUAUAGGAGUGGGAUUAGAACUCCUAAUGCUUCUCAAAUUCAAAGAAUCACUUCCCAUCUCUCUUUAUAUGGCAAGAUUGAAGGCAAGAAUGUUUUCUACUGGUUUCAAAACCACAAAGCAAGAGAUAGACAGAAACUUAGAAGAAAACUCCUUAAGCAGCUGCAACACAACCAGAUUUAUCUGCAGAAUCAAUCACCACCUUUUCAUCCUCUUCCUUAUCAUCACUCUCCUGCUCUUCUUCCUCAGGGAGGAGUAGAAGGUGCAGCAGCACAAAUGGUGAUGAAUCAGCCAUGGAAGGUGGAGAUCCCACAAGAUGCCAUGAUGAGAAUGUAUGGUCAAGAUUGGAUGAUGAUGAUGAUGGAAGUGGGUCCUCCUUCCUCAUGUAGCAGCAGCAACACAAGACCACUAGAAACACUUGAACUCUUCCCAAUCACAGCAACAAAUCUCAAAGAAGAGUGCAAUAUUAACAACACAUCAUCAUCAUCUAACUAAGCCAAAAAAACAAAAGAAAAUCUCUAUCACCACUGUAGCUAGCUAGGCACAUUUAUCAAGUUCUGAAAAUAUGUAAGCUGUUGAAUGCAUGUGAGAUUAUGCAGAAAGAUCUCAAUUGUCUAGUGAGUAAAAUGUUACUUCUCCUUUGUCUGCAACUAUAUCUAUACUAGUGCUGUGGUACCCUAUUUAUUUAUUUU